AACCAAACGCCUAAAAGAAAUGCGCACGAAAGCUACAUUUGAGUUAAAAUAAAGGAACCAAAAACCAACCCGAACAAAACACCACUCUUUCUCCUCUUUGUGGGCCCAUUACCGCCAUAGCCAAGAACUAACCCCACCUCGGCAUUCAUCCCAUCAUUUCUAUCAAGAAUAAAGAAUAAAGAGAGGUUCAAAUAAAUUUGGUUCUGAUGAUGCGUUAUUUUUGAAGGAAGUUGGUGCUUGCUUGGCUUCUUUCUGGUUUUUCCUAGAAUGGGGAAUUGCUGGUGUAGGUGGGAACCUUCCAUUUACAGAGUCUCAUCUAAUGCUAAGUCAGAGUCUCCAAAAGACCAGAGUCCCUCAGAGAAACAAAGGAGGGAUGAUACCAAGUUGCCUUCAAAUCCCAAAGAAGUAGAAGACCUACGUCGUGAUUCUGCCGCAAAUCCGUUAAUCGCAUUCACUUUUGAAGAGUUGAAGAUUAUCACCGGAAAUUUUAGGCAAGACCGUGUGUUGGGUGGAGGAGGUUUUGGAAGUGUUUAUAAAGGCUUCAUUUCGGAGGACUUAAGGGUGGGGCUUCAACUUCAGCCCCUUCCUGUUGCUGUAAAGGUGCAUGAUGGUGAUAACAGUUAUCAAGGACACAGGGAAUGGCUGGCGGAGGUCAUAUUCCUGGGACAGCUUUCUCAUCCAAAUUUAGUGAAGCUAUUUGGGUACUGCUGCGAAGAUGACCACCGUGUACUAAUAUACGAGUAUAUGGCUCGUGGUAGUGUGGAAAACAAUCUUUUUUCAAGAGUAUUGCUUCCUCUUCCAUGGUCAACUAGAAUGAAGAUUGCAUUGGGUGCCGCAAAAGGACUUGCCUUUCUCCAUGAAGCAGAGAAACCUGUCAUCUACCGUGAUUUUAAGACAUCUAAUAUUCUAUUGGACCUGGAUUACAACGCCAAGCUCUCUGAUUUUGGGCUUGCGAAAGAUGGACCGGUGGGAGACAAAUCUCAUGUAUCCACUCGCAUAAUGGGAACUUAUGGAUAUGCAGCACCUGAGUACAUCAUGACUGGACAUCUGACUCCUCGAAGUGACGUGUACAGCUUUGGCGUUGUACUUCUUGAACUUCUCACAGGAAGGAAGUCAUUAGACAAGUCACGACCAGCCCGUGAACAGAACCUCACAGAUUGGGCUCUUCCUCUACUUAAAGAAAAGAAGAAAUUACUCAACUUAAUAGAUCCAAGAUUAGAAGGAGAUUAUCCCAUUAAAGGGGUUCACAAAGCUGCCAUGCUAGCUUAUCAUUGCUUGAACCGGAAUCCCAAAGCAAGGCCUCUAAUGCGGGAUAUAGUGGAUUCAUUGGAGCCUCUGCAGCUUUCGGACGAAGUUCCAAUGGAAAACACUGUCAUAACUGUGGUUAGUGAAGAACCAAAGGAAGAGUUAAAUGUUAAGGGAGGUUGAUACUGUAAUUGGCACCAGCAAUAUGCUUUAUGUGGUCAACUGUUUCUCCAGUUUAAAAGGAGAGUUUUUGCAUCAUUACAUGGCCUUCAUUUGUGAAUCUAGAAAAUCAAAGUUUACUUGGUUUACUUGCUAUUUGAAUACUGUAUAGUAAAUAUCUAUCAAUCUUAAUAGCCAAUUUGAACUUGAUAACUAAAACACACAUCUUGUUCUAGCCAUUCCUUUUAUAACAUACUAAUAUGGCAAAUGUUAGAUUUUUACCAUGUGCCAAUAUCAGCCAAUU